AUGGCAUCAAAACGAGAACGACAUACAAGUGUCGUUUUUCCACAGAACGACGUACAAAAUCGAGAAGAAGGUCUUGGAGUAUGUGGUAUGGCUCUUGUUGUAUUAUCUUAUAUACUUUGUGCAUUAACAUUUCCAUUUUCACUUUUUCUUACUUUAAAAGUUGUAAAGGAAUAUGAACGAGCAGUUAUUCUACGUCUUGGUCGAACUCUCACUGUUGGCACCAAAGGCCCUGGUUUACUCUUCGUUUUACCAUGGAUUGAUUCAAUAGAUAAAGUCGAUUUACGAACUGUUACUUUUGAUGUUCCUCCUCAAGAAAUUCUUACACGAGAUUCAGUGACAGUUUCAGUCGAUGCUGUUGUUUAUUUUCGAAUAUCUAAUCCAAUAAUAAGUAUAACUAAUGUUGCAAAUCCACGUGUUUCAACACAAUUACUUGCAGCUACAACACUUCGUAAUAUUUUAGGUACAAAAACUUUACAAGAAAUUUU